UCGAAGGCGGCUUCCGGCCUGCGCGAGUGCCCCCCUUCCUUUUCUGCUCGCGGGCGGCCAUCAUGGUGUUCAAACGCUUCGUCGAGAUCGGCAGAAUCGCCUUCGUCUCCUUCGGGCGGCAUGCUGGCAAGCUGGUGGCCAUCGUUGAUGUUAUCGACCAGAACAGGGCGCUAGUGGAUGGCCCCUGCAGUGGGGUCAGGAGACAAGCCAUGCCCUUCAAAUGCAUGCAGCUGACUGACUUUGUUCUCAAGUUCCCGCAUAGCGCUCGUCAGAAGUGUGUGCGUCGUGCCUGGGAGAAGGAGAAUAUAAAUGAGAAGUGGGCAGCAACACGAUGGGCAAAGAAGAUUGAAGCCAGAGAAAAGAAAGCCAAAAUGACUGACUUUGAUCGUUACAAGGUUAUGAAGGCAAAGAAGAUGAGAAACAGGAUCAUUAAGCAUGAAAUCAAGAAGCUCCAGAAGAAGACAACUAAGAAAGUCAAGAAGACAGAGAAGAAACAGAAAUAAAAUGAGCUGUGUAUCACUGUGUGUCCAUGUUCUGAUUCUUCAGAAGUGACAAGUGGUAAAAGAGCUGAUCUAAAUUGUAAUCAAGUUCACUUUG